UAACUGACAAUGGAAAUUGGAUUGGUAAAAUCACACAUUCCAAUUCUUACGACAACAUGCAACUGGAAGCAAGGGUCAACAGAACCGUCAACGGUGCCUUCAAUAACUCUUCACCAGUCACCAGUCUUCCACUGACGGUCUACGUGGUUAAAGGUAUCCCAUCAAUCAUCAUAAUACCUGUUGAAGAUCCUGAUGGUGACAUAGUGCGUUGUCGUUAUGCCAGCUACCAGGAAUGUUACAGAGGAAUGUGUACUUACUUUCCUCAUGGAGUACUAGACGAGGGAAAUUGUAUUCUCAGUUAUAAUGGCGGUGGUUAUUUAAAUCAACUCUUCCCAAUCAUUUUGAAGCUUGAAGAUUUUCCUUCAGGGACGACGCAGUUUGAUUCGUCUAACAGUUUGGGCUCAGUGGAUCUGCAGUUUGUAGUACACCUGGUCAACUCAACAGAGUGCCGUUACUACAGCGUGUUAAACUCAAGAGAUCGUGCUCAAGGAUUACACAGAGGUAACACAUUGAAGUGCGACAACACUCUCGUUAAAGGCUGGUACCGCUUCAUGGGAGAUGCUGGGACAGCUAUGCCGACAUCAUGCACCCGUGAAAACUACUGCGGAACUCAUGCCUCUGGGUGGAUGCAAGGUUCUCAUCCCACCCAGGCAGAGGGUAUCGUGAAUCGUGCGGUGUGCUAUCAUUGGAGUAGUAGAUGCUGUAACUGGAAUAACAAUAUUCGUGUCAGAAACUGUGGAGGGUUCUACGUGUACGAGCUUGUCAAACCGACAGCGGGGUGUUACCUUCGUUACUGUGGUAGCGGAAAUAGUAAGUAUAGUUUUUUUUACUCGGGCUACCUGUGGUAGACCGAGUCUAGGUUUCGGUUUUCUAUCAGUCUAUCUAUCGACGCUGUCGAAAGUGUUUAAGCCUGAACUGCUCGGCGGUCUGAUGAGAGAGACAACAGAGAAAAUAUCCCAAACAACAUGGACGCCAUAUUGGAAUCUCUGUAGAUAACAAAUGCGUUUCCAGAAUCGAGAAUUCUUGGACUUACAUCAAUAGCAGUGAGGAUAAGCUUUUUGUUUAUUAUUUUGUUUGCAAUUUUGAACAGUUUCUUCAGCAGUUUAUCGUUCGUUCAGCUAUCAUUAACGAGUGUGUUGAUCGUUGCCUUGUGCAUGGUUUUGGUUGUACAACAGAUCAUAAAUGUGUCAACAAAGACUUUGGCAAACUCUCUACAGCAUAACUGAGAUAUUCAAAAAGCUGUACAAUUAACUGUAUUUGUUCAUCCCAAUAAAGAGUUAUAUUUAUCAAAGGAA